GUUCUUAUUGGUCAUAGGACGAACCGUAGAGAAUUAACUGGUCCUUUUUGUAAGCCUAUUUUAAGGUCCCCCGUCAAGAAACGUUUCCGAAUUUUUCUUCUUUGCUCUCCGAUCGGAUCAGUCAUGGCAGACGAGUCCCAGAUUGAACUGAAAACAGCCCCAGCUGACUUUCGUUUCCCUACAACAAAUCAAACUAGACAUUGUUUCACCCGCUACAUUGAGUUUCACAGGUGCUUGGCUGCAAAAGGUGAAGAGUCUAAUGAAUGUGAGAGAUUUGCCAAAUACUAUCGUUCUCUUUGUCCCGGUGAAUGGGUUGAGAGGUGGAAUGAGCAGAGGGAGAAUGGUACUUUCCCGGGACCUCUGUGAUGGCAAAUUGGAAAUAGGUGAUCCUUCUCUGGCAUAUGGAGAACUCAUAUUUUUAUCUUGAUUUUGUCUUUAGCUAGUUUCAGUGUUUAUCCUUGAAUUUUUUGAAUUAAUAAGCUACAAAUGGAGAUUUGUUGAAUUUAUUGAGCAUUGAUGCACUAUGGUCGAUGAGCCAGUGAAAAA